UUGACAAUCUGUAAUCUGCACUAUAUUAAAAAAAAAUCUAACCGCUUUUCGGUAAAGCCUCUAUUUUGCAAAUAUUUAUAAUUAAUUAUUGUAGUUAACUAGAAAUAACAGAAAAAGCUCAAAAAUGGCGGCGGCUAUGCCAAUUAACCCCAAACCUUUCCUUAAUAGUUUAACCGGAAAGUCUGUGCUCGUGAAAUUAAAAUGGGGACAUGAGUACAAGGGACUCCUAGUAUCAGCCGACGGUUACAUGAAUCUACAGCUAGCUAACACUGAAGAACUCGUCGAUGGAUCUUGUACAGGUAAUUUGGGUGAAGUACUCAUCAGAUGUAACAAUGUACUAUAUGUACGAGGAGCUGAAGAGGAGGACGAAGAAGGAGAAAUGAAGGAAUAAUCUGUAGUUAAUAGUUAGUAUAAGAAAUAUUAUGUAAGACUUUUUCCAUUCUUCACACAAUUUGUACUAUGGUAAUGGUGAACUGUGUUCUACAAGUUAUGUGAUCUAGGUUAAGUAUAAGAAUUUUACUGUA